AUAAUACACCGAUCCUCCCAGUCAAAAAGGCGGAUGGGUCAUAUCGCCUAGUACAUGACUUAAGAGAAAUAAACAAGAGAACUAUAGCCAGAUUCCCAGUGGUAGCAAACCCAUACACGCUGUUGAGUAAAUUAAGCCCAAACGAUUUGUGGUACAGCGUGAUAGACUUGAAGGACGCCUUUUGGGCUUGUCCUCUUGAUGAGUCUAGCAGGGACUACUUUGCCUUUGAGUGGGAAGAUCCGGACACUGGAAGGAAACAACAGCUUAGAUGGACAGUACUACCCCAAGGAUUUACCGAAUCCCCAAACUUGUUUGGGCAAGCGUUAGAGCAGAUUUUAACAGAUUAUCAGACAAGCCCUGGGGUAACCCUGGUGCAAUAUGUUGAUGACUUGUUGUUAGCAGGGAAAGAAGAGGAAGAAGUAAGAAGGGAGAGUAUAAAGCUCCUAAAUUUUCUGGGACUUAAGGGCCUAAAGGUUUCAAGAGCUAAAUUGCAGUUUGUGGAGGAAGAAGUAAAAUACCUAGGGCAUUAUUUAAAAAAGGGUGAAAAGAAGAUAGACCCAGAAAGAAUUCAAGCUAUUCUAUCGCUACCGAUACCGAAGAAUAAAAAACAGAUUCGGCAGAUCUUGGGCCUUACGGGGUAUUGUAGACAAUGGAUUGAGAACUAUAGUAGUAAAGCUAGAUUUUUGUACCAAAAGCUAACACAAGAAGGGUUAAUGAAGUGGACCCAGGAGGACACGAAUAAACUGGAGGAACUAAAAAAGAGUCUAGUUCAUGCUCCGGUUCUGAGCCUUCCAGAUUUAAAGAGGCCAUUCUUUUUGUUCGUAAAUAUAGAAGAAGGAAUUGCAUUUGGGGUACUUACCCAGGACUGGGCAGGGAAAAAGAAACCCGUGGCAUUUUUAUCAAAAAUUUUAGACCCUGUAAGUAGAGGCUGGCCCACAUGUCUACAGAUGUUAGCCGGAUGUGCAUUGUUGGUAGAGGAAGCUAGGAAAAUCACUUUUAAUAGUAGUCUGAAGGUAUUGUCCCCUCAUAAUAUCCGGGGGGUAAUGCAACAAAAGGCAGAUAAAUGGAUAUCAGAUGCCAGGCUCCUAAAAUAUGAAGGGAUUCUGUUAGAAGCACCGGACUUUACCCUAGAAACCACCACUCUGCAAAACCCAGCUGCCUUCCUGUAUGGAGAAAUGGAACAGGGACCUUUAACCCAUGACUGUCUAGCUACUAUAGAAGAACAAACGAAGAUUAGGCCUGACUUGGAGGAAGAAGAGUUAGAUGAAGGGGAAAGACUGUUUGUGGAUGGAUCCUCUAGAAUAGUAGAAGGGGAAAGGAAAUCUGGGUAUGCUAUUAUAGGGGGAACUGAUUUACGGGUAAUAGAAUCAGGAGCUUUAGACAAGUCAUGGUCAGCCCAAGCGUGUGAAUUGUAUGCUAUACUUCGGGCCUUGACACUCCUAAAGGGAAAGGAAGGGACGAUAUAUACUGACUCCAAGUAUGGGUUCGGGGUGGUACAUACCUUUGGAAAAUUAUGGGAGGAAAGAGGACUGAUAAAUUCACAGGGAAAAGGAUUGAUUCAUCAAAAGCUUAUAGUGGAAGUAUUACAAGCCUUAAGGGGACCAAAGAAAAUAGCAGUGGUUCACUUAAAAGGACAUCAGCCAGGAAUAGACUUUAAAAGCAGGGGAAAUAAUGCUGCUGAUCAAGAAGCCAAACGGGCAGCAGUGAGGGAGAUGGUCUUGAAAGAGAAGCCACAGAUUAGAGAAACACUGGAAAAGGAAGAUGUAGAAACAACUAUGGGAAAAAGGAAUGUGGGCUCAGAGACCACCUCUAGAUCUUGUGUUACACCAGGUACAACCGGGAGAUUGGGUUCUAGUCCGGAGCUGGAAAGAAAACCCGUUGACACCAAAGUGGGAAGGACCAUACCUAGUGUUACUUACAACAGACACCGCGAUACGAACAGCGGAGAAAGGGUGGACGCAUGCCAGCCGAAUAAAAGGACCAGUAGAUCCGUCCAGGUUCUCCAACAAAAAUAA